UUGGUCUCGUGCUCCGUAUACAGAGCUUUUAAAAUAAAUCCUUGUUGUUACUGAAACUAUUCAACUAUUGUCUAACGCUAAAUAUGGACAUUUCGGUCAAGUUAAACGAUUUGUCUGCUGCUUGGAUUAACUACCUAAAUGUACUCAAUAGCUUAUGCGCAGCCGGGUGCAAACUGGCUCACUCAAUUGGAAUGCUAGAGCAGUCCUCACGAUCUCUAAAUGAAAAACCGUUAUUGAAAAAUCAUCCAACAACAUACUUGACAAACUCUUGGAAUGACUUAGCCAGGGCAACAACAGUAGCGACUAGUACUGUGAAAACUCACAUACUAGCAGUUCUUCAGGACUUCAUAACUUCGUCUGUGGAUCAACCAAGUGCAAUUAAUAAUGAAUUGGAGCAGAAACGGAUUCGUGAACACAAUGAACUCAUUGUUCUUGAGAAUGCUCAAACCGUAAUCAACAUUCAGCAUCAAUUUUCUGCCGCCAAUUUUGAUGCUUUUUCACCAUUAACUUGUUUUGUUUGUCAAUCGCCAGUUGGAUUUCCACAUGAACAGGACUGCAGCGUUGCUAAGCAAAAAUCGCAAACCGAACAAAGAUCUCAAACUCCAUCACCAAACUUUUGUGGUACCAGUAUGAAAAUGGAUUCAUCUCGAGGAAAUUCUUUAACGGAUCAGCGUUCUUUACCAGUGGGAAUUUCAGAACCUGCUGCCACCGAGCAACAGCGUGGACCAUCGCCCCAACAAAAUUUUAGAGAUACAAUACCGAUGCAAGCUAUUUUUGAAAACACGAGAGGUCCUCUGCCCAACCCUGGGCACUUGUUGUCAAUGAAAUUACCGUUUUACCGCAAUGUCAAGUCACCAUUAAAUUUUCCAUUAUUUCCACUUAACGGGCAACGGCGGUGGUCAGAAGCUGCUGCUGGUGAAGUAAUUGAUGGUAUAUCAACUGAUCCAGAAAGCCAUAUGAGACGGUGGUCAAUGCCGUGGGAGGCAUCGAAAUGCGAUCAAAAUACAGUAACCUGGAACCAAACUCGAAUAAUGCCAAUGAAUGCAAUGAAAUGCCCGCAUUACAAAGUAUCGAGCUCUGACCGUUUUAACUCCCAUACGCAAGAUGGAAAUUGGCCUGCGUCGGGAACUAGUCAAGAUGGCUUAACCGAGGCAAUACAGCUGCUGUCUUUUAAACCACCUAGAACACAUCAAAUGAAUCCUCAGCCCCCGUUUGCAUCACCUACUACGGAAACCCCCAAUUUAGAAUAAGCCGCACGCAUUGCAAUUUAAGUAACACACAUUUUUAACAUAAUUAAUUGAAAACUACAAACCAUUGUUCUUUGCUGCUGUCAGUUUCUUGUAGGCCUUCUCAAGAAAUUACAAAAGAUAGUUAAUAAAGGAAAUACGUGGUUUGUAUUAAAA